AUGCCAAUAGCAUCUGAGGGAUUAUCAUUAAUCCGUUUCUCUUUUCGCUCUCUCUCUCCCGUUUCUUCGUCUCUCUCUAUCUCUCUCGUGUCUUCGUCUCUCUCUCGCUCCCAUUUCUCUCUCUCUCGCUCCCAUUUCUCUCUCUCUCUCUCUCUCUCUCUCUCUCUCUCUCUCUCCCGAUUUUCUGCUCUUCUCUUCCCCUUAUCUCUCUCUCUCUCUCUCGUUUCAGCUCUCUCUCUCCCAUUCCUCUCUCUCUCUCUCUCUCUCUCUCUGACACUAUUCUCAUUUCCUUCUCACGUUUUUCUUCUUUCUGUCCGACGUCUCUUCUCUCUCUCUCCCAUUUAUGUUCUCUCUGUCUCCUGUUUCUCUUCUCUCUAUCUCUCUCCCGUUUUUCUUAUAUCUCUCGCUCUCCUGUUUCACUUCACUCUCUCUCUUCUUUCUAUACCUCACCAUAUUCUCUUCUCUAUCUCUCUAUCUCCAGUUUCUCUUCUCUUCUCUCUCCCGUUUCACAUUUCUCUCUCUCUCUCUCUCUCUCCCAUUUCGCUUCUCUCCCCCUCCGGUUUCUCUUCUCUCGCUCUCUCUCCCGUGUCUCUUCCCUCUCCCAUUUCUCUUUUCUCUCUCUCCCGUUUCUCUCCACUCUGUCUCUCUCUCACGUUUCACUUCACUUUUCUUUCUCUCUCUCACGUUUCAUUUGUCUCUCUCUCACACACACACGUUUCUAUUAUCUCUUCUCACUCACUCUCUACAGUUCUUCUUCUCUCUCCUAUUUCUCUUCACUCACUCUCUCUCCCUUUUCUCUUCUCUUUCUCUCACCAUUCUCUCUCUCUCUCUCGUUUCACUUCUCUCUCUUUCUCUCCUGUUUCUCUUCUCUCUCUCCCGUUUCUUCUAUCCCUCUCCUGUUUGUUUUCUUUUGUCCCUCUCUACUUUUUCUCUUCUCUCUCUCUCUUGUUUCUGUCUCAACGUUUCACUUCUCCCUCUCUCUCUCUCUCUCUCUCUCUCUCUCUAUCCUUUUCACUUUCUAUUUUAUUUCCUCUUCACCAGAUUAUUCUUUCAUUCUUUAUUUCAUUUUUCUUCUUAAAAUUUCUUAGUCACUUGUUUACUUUUUUCUUAUUCAUUUCACCUCACUUUCUCAAUUUGUAUUUUCUUCCAACAAGAACAUUACUCCCGUAA